GGUCCUACGGCCUUACGGGUUUCCUUAAGCGGGCAGCGAGAGAGAAUGGCCGAGGUGUGUGAAACGAUUCGCCGUAAAGGGGCGGCGUGAGACUGAGACAACCAUCGAGGGAUCGAGAGAGGGACAGCUGCAAGUGAGAAAGCGAGAAUAGAUCGUUGGAGAAGAAAAGCAAGGAACUGGCUUCUUCUUGUUUUGCAAGUCAAGAUUUUUCUACUGAGAAUAACCACGGCAAAGUUUCUGAGGAACAGAAUCCAGCCGGAGUUGCAGGGAUGAAUUCUGAAACUUCAGUCAAGAUUGAAGUUUUGUUCUUUGCCAAAGCUCGUGAGAUUACUGGCUUAGCUGAUUUAUCUCUGCAAGUGCCCCCUUGUUGCUCCGCUGGAGAUUGUUUAAAAAUUCUCUUAAACAAGUUUCCAGGGCUGGAGGAGAUCCGCAACUCCAUGGUUUUUUCAGUUAAUGAGGAAUAUGCCGCCGAAUCUACCAUUUUGAAGAAUGGAGAUGAGUUAGCAAUCAUUCCACCCAUAAGCGAUUUUUCUACUGAGAAUAACCACGGCAAAGUUUCUGAGGAACAGAAUCCAGCCGGAGUUGCAGGGAUGAAUUCUGAAACUUCAGUCAAGAUUGAAGUUUUGUUCUUUGCCAAAGCUCGUGAGAUUACUGGCUUAGCUGAUUUAUCUCUGCAAGUGCCCCCUUGUUGCUCCGCUGGAGAUUGUUUAAAAAUUCUCUUAAACAAGUUUCCAGGGCUGGAGAAGAUCUACAACUCCAUGGUUUUUGCAGUUAAUGAGGAAUAUGCCCCCGAAUCUACCAUUUUGAAGAACGGAGAUGAGUUAGCAAUCAUUCCACCCAUAAGCGGUGGCUAACUGUGUUACGCACUUUCAUUCAAUACUUGUUUUGUAUGAUAGCGACUUGAGAUUCUUCUCACUCUUUUGUGUUUCAUGGAAUAAGUAUGAUGCUAUUUCCCAAAUAAAAUGUUGCUAGAUGUGUGCAUGCUACUUUAAUUAUA